GAGUCAAAUGACAGUUUGACCGUGUUGGGAAGUCGAUAAAGGGUAUAAGCCGAUCGCGAUUCCGAUGGUCGACCAAAAGUCAGAGACCAAGUUUCCAACAACCGCGAUCCACAUCGAACUUGCGCCAUGAACACCGUUACGAUCGUCUUACUGUUGUCCAUGUGCUUUUGUGCACUGUGUGGGGCUACUCCUGUUUCUUCUCUCGAUCAAGUAGAGCUUAUCCCGAGCAACUGUACCAACGAGACUGCUACGCAGUUGCAGCGCGUCACACGGCAGUCUCCUUCAAUCAACUUCGUCGAAGGAAUCGGAUCGGAUAUUCUUAGAAUUCCGACCAACCUGUUGGCCACCAUCAUAUCCUUUAUCCUUUCGAUCAUCGACGGGAUCAAAUCAACGUUUCUCUCGUGGAUCGGAAACAUCGAAUCGUUCCUCCAAAACCCUUUAACACUGCUCAAUAACAAUCAGAAUUCUAAUCAGAGACGACGAAGAUCAAAUGUGUCGAAUGGCCUAUCAGAUUUAAUAAGUGAUUUGCCGAACUUGCUAAAUUUACCGGUAAGCUAUUUCCAACAAGCGACAAGCUCGGUCGGAGAUUCUGUCGUUUCAAAAGUCCAAUAUGUCAUAAAAGCUGUAAUAAGAUUCGUAUGGAACUUUGUAAUCACGAAAGUAUUACCCUGGCUGGACGAUGUACUCACCAGAGUCAAGCAGUCAAAUACUUUGCCAUCCUUUUUGAACGACGCGAUUGGAGAUGCGAAUUUUGUUUAUUCCCUUUUGCGCCUGUUCACUGGAAUCACCUCGAACAGUUCAUGAGUGGCAUCGUGAUAUAAUUUUGGCUCGAGAGGCUGGUCGAAAUUAUUUUCUUGACUUUAACGCUAGAGCCGUCAAAGAAGUCAUAAUGUUCGGUAUUUAAGACUUUCUGUUUCCACUUUUAUCUCUUGCUUUUUUCUUUUUGUUUGUUAGAUGUUAGUAUCUACUGGUGUUUAACUUUACCGAGACAAAUAUAUGAAACUGUAUGAGCAAGUGUAAUUAUUUCGUUUGUCACGUUGAUUUAAUCUUAUUUAACUGUUGUGUAAUAUAUUUAGAUACAUAUUAAAGAUUGAUAAUACGCUCUAGUGUGAAGAAAAGAAAAUAUAAAAUUCUGGGCGCAAGACGCGUAAGAGAAGAAGCUUCGAAAACGAUUAAUUAUUAUUAUUUAUUUCAUGAUAAUGUUUUUGUAUGGGAAUUUUUAAUUUUCGUGUUAAUAUGCGUGUAAGGGAAAUAAGAUUUCUCUAUCAGCUUUUCUAACGUGUCAAAUAGGGAAAAAGACAGUGAUAACCCGAAUAACAGACGUACGUUCGAGAACUGUUUCUCGAUAAUCAAUGCGGAUAGAUCAGUUUAUUAAUCGUUAUAAUAGAGUUUAUAUGUAUAAUAAAGCGAGUGUCAACAAAUUUUUUGCCGCUGUCAUUGCACGUCGUUUGAAAAGAUCGAAAAAAGAUAAAAAUUCCUCAAAAUUCUAAUAAAUGUUACAUUCCACGUUGUGAAAUAUAUAUUUAAUCCUCUA